ACCACGCAUUAUGAAGCUCUGAAACUCACUCCCGAGGCUUCGGCGGCGGACAUAAAGAAAUCCUUCUACAACCUCUCCAAACACCACCAUCCGGAUCACAACCGCUCCGACCCCACCGCCUCCAAACGCUUCAUGCGCAUAAGUGAGGCCUACUCUACGCUGUCGUCGCCUAACAAGCGUAGCAACUACGACCGCGACGUGCUCGGGCUGCAUUCCUCUUCGCACGGACGACGAGGCGGUUCAUACAGCAGCACCACGACCAGUAACCCGGCAGGCGGUCGCCCCGCAAGUGGUCUCAGUAAGCGGCGCAGCACGUUUACGGGCCCGCCGCCGAGUUUCUACCGGUCUGGGGGAUGGGGCGCGCAUAGUGCCAAGAGAAGGGCUGCACAUGAGGAGACCACUGGGGGUGGAGGUACGUACUCUGCUAGGGCGGAGAAGGAUCCCAAUACUAGGAGUUGGUCGACGUAUGGUGGUAUGGGGCCUGGGCAAGACCCGUUUGGACACCAUGAUGAAGUGCCGCACUUUGAUAGAGAGAGCCAUGAGAGGACUGGUCACCGGACGGAACAGAUGAGAGCGGCUAGAAGGACAUAUUCGAAUGAAAGCCUUUACAAACCGGACCGGGGAAUAGCUGGUAUGUUUUUUGUCAUAGGGGGCGUGCUGAUGCUUAGUUUCCUCGGCCCUCUCGCGGUCAGC